CGCCACCCCUUAUCCCCCGCCCCUCCCCUGCCGACUCCCCCCUUCCCCUCAACCUACCACCAGCGCCGUCGUCGCUAUCGCAUGAACCAGUAUUGUCCCGGCAGUCGCUCUCACGUGUCGUCCGUUGCUCCGGUCGUCCCCCCCGCGCCCUUCCCCCCCUCCCUCACCCGCGCGCUUCUAGGUGAUCUCGCGUCUCCCGCCUCGAGGCCCGCAGCUUCAACAUUGCGACUCAGUCAGUAUCUGUCGCUUGUCCUGUGCUCACGGGCGACCGCGCCUUUGCCGAGCGCUCGCAGUGUUACUGUUUCAUUAGUAAGAGAGCGCCUUGUGACUGUGUUGGACGCCUCUCACGACCGGGUCUUUCGUAGGAGGGAAGCUGGAAGGUGAACACGGACGUGCCUCACGAAUUCAACGAUUCUGAAAACCGACUUCGAGAAGCCCUUGAAAGGGUCACUCACCGAAACGAGACUGUCAGCCGUCCCUCCUUGAGGCUGACGGUCAGCGCCCCUCAUCAUACAGACAAAAAAGAAAAGAGAAAUUAAAAAAAAAGAUAAAAAUAAAAAAGAUAAACCUUAACCCAUCCCAUCACACCCUCAACAAACACACGCCCUAGUGAUGGAUUCCUGGUCGAGAAAAAGGGCAGGAGUGGCUCGUGCUGUGGAAGGCGUGGUGAAGCGGCGGAAACACAUCGUCCUCGUGGGUCUCGACGGCUCAGGCAAGACCACAGUGCUCACACGCCUCAAGUACCGUUGCUACGUGGCCACCACACCUACUAUAGGCUUCAACCACGAGAAAGUCUGGGGCGGCGGUUACCGGUGGUCGUGCUGGGACGUGGGCGGCGGCGAGCGACUCCGGCCGCUGUGGUCGUCCUACACCCGCGCCACCGACGGGAUCGUCUUCGUGGUGGAUUCGGCUUCCAUGGGCGACAUGAUGGAGGAGGCGAGGGUCGAGCUGGCGAGAGUCCUCAAGAAGUCGCGGGCGUCGUCAGUACAGCUAGGCAUGCCUUCCCCGCCUCUUCUGGUGCUGGCGAACUUCCAGGACCAGAUUCACGCCCGCACAGCCCAAGAGGUGGCCAUGAGUCUGGGUCUGGGCGAGGCGCACGGCGUGGUGUGGGCGGUGGCGCCCGUGUGCGCGCUCACGGGCGAGGGCUUGGACGACGCCAUGGCCACCCUCAGAACCUUGAUCGACAAGGUCCGCCAAGAUGCCCGUCGGAGGGACAGGUGGCGCUGAGGUCGCCUGGAGCUGCCCAAGGCGGAGCAAGCCAGGUGCAAUCAAACCUUCAACUGUCACCUGUCAGGAAGAGUAGCAGCUGUUAUGGAUCGUAACACCUGUUAGAACGAAAGAAAGGGCAAGAAUGUAACAGCUUCAUAGGUAACAACUGUUAGGUUCAUAACUAUUGUUACACCUGUUGCGGAGACUGUUAGACAUAGUAGCAAUUGUUACAGACAGAGGUAACAGUUGUAAAAAAAACUAACACGAAUAUUUCUGUACAUUAUAUUAAAAUAUGAAAGAAACGUAGAUCGCACAAGUAGUGUCCUAGUAUACGUGCCUUGCUAGACACCAAAUGUGAAUACUGUAGUUGUAUGAGUAUUCUCUGCAUGUGUACAUACAAAAGUAUGAUAGAUUCUUGAAUUCAAGUACUUCACAUGACUUUGUUCCUUGGCCAGCUGGGGUUGGAGACCAGCUGCCGUGCUGGGGACCCCAGCUGUGUGACGGCAGCGAGAUGGGCAGGCGAGAGCUACCUCGGACCUCCUAUCUGUGUGAAAGACGAUCAUUUGCAGGCAUUGGAGGUUAUACACGCACGCGCACACAAUUUAGGUAUACAUGCGCACCUACAUGAGUACUUAUACUAGACGCAUAUGUGCACAUACACACGCGAACACACGCCUUGAGGCCACAGAAGACGGUCCCCCUCGGCCACUUCCUCUAACUGAUCAUGGUUGUGCUCCCAGUCAGGGUCAGCCUUGACUGCCCCUCACACUGUCCCCUCCACAACACCAAGCACACGCGUCAUGCACUGGUCGUCAUGCACCGUGUCAUCAAGCACAUGUUGUCACAAUGCAGCCCACACGACCACGAAAACCAAGCAUUAUUAGUGACAUCCGCCUGCGACAACCACCAGUACCCUUGCGUCACCCUGUCACCAUCCUCAACCUUCACUAUCAUUAACCGCCUCUCCGCCGUGCCCCCCCCCCCCCUCUCUCUCUCUCCUUCUCGGCCUUCUCCUGUCAGACUUCCUCCUUUACCUCCUCCUCCUCUCUUCCUCCUCCUCCUGUCCCUCAUCUUCUUCUUCUGCUUCUUCCUUCUCCUCCUUGUCCUUCUUCUUCUUCUUCUUCUCCUUCUUCUUCUUCUUCUUCUUCUUCUUCUUCUUCUUCUUCUUCUUCUUCUUCUUCUUCUUCUUCUUCUUCUUCUUCUUCUUCUUCUUCUUCUUCUCCUCCUCCUCCUCCUCCUCCUCCCUCAUGUCCUUUUGUUGAACGUCACCUUCAGCAUUCCCUCCUCUUCCCUUCCCCCUUCCCGUCUUCCUCACCCCCCCCCCCCCGCCCCUUGGCACUCAGAGCCUUUCGGACUGGCGGCUGACCGUUGAAUGUCCUCAGGACCCUGACGCAUCCUCCUUCAAUUUUUCCCUUUUUUAAUCCUCCAUCCUCUUCACUCACCCCUUAAACCUUCCAUCCUCUCUGCUACCCUUCCCUCUUCCCUCUUUCGGUUACCCUCCUUUCGUCUUGUUUCCCUCUUUAUUUCUCUUCCCCUCUCUUUCCCUUCCCGUAUUCUACGUUAUAUCAGCAUACCCUCAUAACCCAUUUUCUCUGCCUUCUCCAUUUCCUUCUCCCUUUCUUCCUCCCUUUCCUCUUCUUCCUUCCUUCCUUUCUUUUUCCCCCCUUCUUCCUUCCUAUCCUCACCCCCUCCACUUCCCCCUCCUCAUCCCCUUCAUCCCGCCUCCGCCAUACCAUACCCAGGCGCGCCGCCAACCAAUGGGCGUGACCCAUUCCGUGUGGGCGGGGCUUUGCGUGGGCGGAGUGCCCCCUUCUCCCCGGCCGGAGCUUCACCCAUCAUUGCACGAGAGUAUCUGUGAUAAAACUGAAUUCCAACCCCUCCUCCGCGCGGGCUGCGGCGGGGGACUCCACCUCACUGCGGCCCGGCGUGGAACUCCACUCCACUCCACGCUGAGAUUAUCGUGGAUUCUUGGGUUUUCAUUUUUGUGUAAAAAGAAUAUGAAUGGACAGUUGGAUGAUAAAAAAAAGGUAAACAGAUUAUGAAUGAGGAUAAAAAGAAAUGAUCUGUCAAUAGGUAAUGACAUUCAUAUGAAAGAAAUAGUUGACUACUAUAAUAAAGCGAAAUGCUAAAAAGACAAAAUAAGUGAAGAUGUAAAAAAAAAAAAUAAUAAUAAUAAUACUCUAGAAGCCUGUGUGUGAAAGCUAUACAUACAACCGCUUUUCGUGGGCAACAUUUGCACAUGAAUACAUGAAUGUCUUGUACAAAGAACUGUAACCUUCACUAUUUGUUGUGUAAUCUCAGUUAUAGGAGUUUAAACCUUAUUCCAUAUGAUUCCCUGUGAUCAGUGUAUCUUUCUAUUUAAACGCCGAUCACGAUUCUUCUUAUUGUACUUUACGUGUAGUUCCUAUUAAGUUAUUCUUAUCUUGCAUUUACCUGUUGUUUACCAGUUUGUAAUUGUACCAGUGUUGUAAGCAGUAUUACAGAAUUUCCUGAUGGAA